CGUACUGCAGUUUAGUAAACAAUCAGUUUACUCAAACAUGUCGUUGCCACAGGAGACAAGUACUAUUGUUGCGACGGUUGUUGAAGAAAUCUUGGUCGACGUGAUAAUUGUUGACAAAGAUUCCAAACUACAUAUUGCAAAGGGAUGCAGUGAUAGAGUUAUAAUUGGUCGAACAUACAAGUUCUACAGAGUUCAGGGACAUGCUAGAGAUGACAGCUGGGAGUUUCUGCACGAGUUCCCCCUGUGUUUGGACACUGUCGAUCCCCCCGUCUACACCUUGGACGAGGAGUUCAAGGAGGAGCUCGCCAGGUUCAAGAGGGAGGUGGCGGAGUCCAUGGGACAUCAUUACCAUAAGGUUCCAGUAGAUGGUGGAGAACCAGGACUGACGAAAGAUUCUGAGGAUAGUACAGAGAACAAGGAACCCUUCUUUCUUGACGAAGAUGUCGGAACCAUGCAUUAUAACGGUUAG